ACUUCAAAAGCGGACGUUUUAUCGGAAACUACGAUUAUUCGCGAGGAAUUUCCCAAUUUCGGAUUUAGUCCCUUAAAUGCCACAAGUAUGGCAUUGCAAGGUUAAAAUAUCGCUCUAUAUAGUUAGAUCAGCGUUACGAUCGUAGAUCAAAGUGAAACAUAUUUAUUUAGCAGCAAUAGGAAAUGGAAAUUGCUCGAGCACUUCAUGAGGUUACUUUUGUACGCAUUUUUCUCAAUAGGUACUCGAGUUGGUAAAAAUAAUCAAAUCAGCAUCGUAUACUCGUGUUGUAUUUAUGUCUGUGCUACUGCAAUCCUUGCAAAGCUCACUUCGACAAUUUUUAAUCGUGUGUUUCCGUUCACUUGUAUGUACAUACCUUUGGCAUCGUAACCUCUAAACUAUUGAGAAAGGAAAAAAAUUACACUUAGACAAAUUUCAUAAUAAAACGAAAAUUUUCAAACUUCAAAACAACUUAAUGAUAAGAAUUGACAUUGCUGCCGCAUCCGCACCACGACCGCGACCAUCUCAAGUGAAUAAUAAUAUAAGUAGUACGUUAUUACUUAUUACGUACAUUCGGUUGACGUAUUUCAGGCUAAUUUGUUAUAGUAUAGUUAACUGUAGGUACCUCGUUAAAACUUAUCUACCCGCGAAACGUGUUCAGCUGAGAUCAAAAAACACCUCAAAAUGAACGUCGUCAACGAAGACGUCGUCUUGAAAAUACUGAACUCAAAAAACGCCGACUCAGCAUUGGAAAUAACCCAACUAAAAUGGAACUUGAAAGCUAACAUCAUCAAAGCCGGAAACAAUUACAUGAGCGAAGUGUACAGAUUGACCAUCGAUUUCUUGAAAAAUGGCCAACCUCAAACCAGAAUUCUAUUCGUCAAAGUUCCUUCAGACUCUCCGAUGUACGAGAUGGGUUCCAAAUGGGGUCUUUUCACCAAAGAACUCGUCAUGUACACGGAGAUCCUUCCUCAAAUAUACGCUUUCGAAGACGAUUACUUCACCGCCAGAUGUUACUGCGUUGAUGAAAAACACUCGCUGUUUUUAAAAGACCUUACUCAGACCGGAUACAAGACCGGAAACCGUACACAGCAAUUAGAUUUUCAACACUGUGCUUACGCAUUGAGAAGUCUAGCAAAGUUCCACGGUUUAUCGGUGCAUUUAGAGAAGACCAAAGGUCUACCCGAGGUUAUUCGCAAAGAGCCUUUUUACAAUUUAGAAAACGACAAUGAAGAAGCGAGGAAAAAAUUUGUAGCCGGAUUGACGCAAUUUUUCGAAUUCCUCGAGCCUGCCAUUCGUUCCAAAUACGCUGAUAAGAUAGAAUUCUUCAAGAGCAUCGACUGGGUUGAAGCGCUCGCCGAUAUCGUUCCAAAGACCUGCUCGUUCAAUGUAUUAAAUCACGGCGAUUAUUGGACUAAUAACGUUAUGUUCAAGUACGAUAAAUUUGGUAUCGUUAAGAAAGUCAAAAUGCUAGAUUUCCAGGUCUGUCGUUGGACCAAUCCGGCUAUGGAUUUGUUAUACUUCACGAUAACCAGUAUGCGAUAUGAAGUAUACGAAAAGUAUUUCGAUUUAUUGUGCUCCAUUUAUUUGGAGACUCUGAAUAAAGUAUUAGCCAAUUUCGAUUAUUCUACGUACGAAAUGGAAGACUUGAAGAAGGAUAUUGAGAGUAGAUUUGCGUUCUGCUUUGUUGUAAUGACCUCUGUUUUACCUAUCGUCGUAAGUGACCCGGAUGAUCCGGUAAAAAUAGACGAGAUUUUCAAAAAUGACGAAUACGACGCAACUGCUCUGCACGAGACGAUUCAGCAAAAAGAGUACUUAAAAAUAGCUACUAAAUGGUUCGAACAUUUUGCUAAAAAAGAUAAGUCCACGUUCGAAAGGAAGCCAAUAGAAUCACUGAAUGGAAAUGGACUCCAACAAGUAAACGGUAAUGGAGUCCAGAAAUAAUAUACCUCACCAUCUCAUUUCACGUCACUCUCAAUUCCACAAAUACAUAGGUGCUUGGAAAGGUUAAUCAAGUUGAGCUUAUGUCUUAAAAAUGUUACAAGAGAUUGUGCAAGAUACGUAAAUACUUAGUAAAUCAAAAACAUAUGUAUCAUAUUGCAAGUUUGUGUUUGUCUGCAAAUAAAUUAAGUUACCUAUUUA